UUACCGCGUGCGCUGUCGCGCCGUGUUUCGCGGUACCAGAAGAACACUGUAUUUCUCAUGUCCAGUUAGCUCACGAAUCGCUUAUUUCAGUGAAAAUGGAGGCGUUUAACCAGCUUCUGUUGGAGUAUCCUGAAUUAAUGUACAGCGGAGUCGGAGCUACGGCGGUUGUCGCCGGUGGAGCGCUCAUAUACAAAAUAGCCACCAGAAAGAAGCCGACCCAUGCAAAUGUGAACUGCUGGUUCUGUAAUGAAAACACAGUGGUGCCCUAUGGGAACAGGAACUGCUGGGACUGUCCCAACUGUGACCAGUACAAUGGCUUUCAGGAGAAUGGGGAUUACAACAAACCCAUCCCAGCUCAGUACAUGGAGCAUCUGAACCAUGGGGUGUCUGGGAGCCUUCCCACAUCUGAGAUACCCAAGGCACAGCAGUGGGUCAACUGUCAGAUGCUGCUGUGCAGGAAGUGCAAUAACAACCAGACUGUAAAGAUCAAGCAGUUGGGUUCAUUUAUCCCAAGGGAUGAUGAGAACUAUGAUGAGGAAAUAGACGCCUACAAACACCACCUGGAGCAGACCUAUAAGUUAUGCAGGCCGUGUCAGACAGCAGUGGAGUACUACCUCAAAUAUCAAAAUCGUCAGCUUCGAACCGUGCUCUUAAACCAUCAGCUUCGACGCAACCGAGAAUCAGACAAGGGCUUUGUAAAGAGCUCCUAUUCUGUGUCCUCUCCCAUGGGGGUCAUACUGUUACGGGCCCUUGCCUUCCUGAUAUGUGCUUUCGUAGUUGCUACGUCUUUGUGUGACAUGCAAUCCCAGCCUACUUCAGUCAGUGGCCCACAAACACUAAGUGGUGGGGUCAUUCCUCCAAAGCCUAAACCCCAGAAUGAAUCUGCCCCCAACAACGAGACGAGUGGAGGCGUGCCAGUGUGGCAGGAUCUGCUGGAGCUGGUGCCAGAUAAGGCCAUAGAAAAUGCCAAGCUGGUGUGGCAGCACGGAAAGGACAACCAGCUAGCUGUAGUCUCUGUCGGCCUGUUGACUUGUCUCACUGCUAUCUUCUUAGCAGGACCUGUGAGAUUGAGGAGAAUUGAUGCUGUGGCCUCUGUCCUGUGGUUCCUCAUCCUGUGCCUCCACCUGGCUGAGAGCUACUUGACCGACGCCUCUGACUGGAUGGACACAGCCAAGCUCAGUGUGGUCUCCCUCUGUUGCCUAGUCAGCUUUGCCGCUGCUGUGGCAACUCGCAAACCGUUGGGUCCAAGAAGAGCCAGAUAUCGAAGAUACCUUGCAGGCAGCUCUGCAGUGCCCCCCUUCAGCAGCCAGCCUCCUUUGCUCACUCCAGACCUGGCAGACUCCUUUGUCCCCACCCCACCACCUAACCUCUCCAAGCUCAUCAACCGCCAACAGAGUCCUCGCGAGCGCAAGGCUUCCCCCUCCUCUCUGCCCGGGCGACUCAACAGAGCUCUCUGCCUUGGCACCAUCCCCUCCCUCACCAGGACAGACUCUGGUUACCUGUUUAGUGGAAGCAGACCAGCCUCACAUUACAAAGACUCCCUGUCGUCAGACUACUUUUCCCUGAUACCCGGGAGCCGCCCAUCAUCCCCAGGUCCCUCUCCAGCGCCCUCAGUAGCUGGGUCAGUUACAUCCAGUUCAGGUUCUGCCAGACGGCGGCCCCUCAUCAGCCCCGCUCGCCUUAACAUCAGCGGCCGGAAACUCCGACUUUUCUCAGCAGAGCCAGAACCCGCUCUCAUGUCCCCUUCUGUGUCAUCAUCACAUUUCCAUGUGAAGUCAAACUCUUCCAUUUACAGCAGCUGCUUUUCACCUGACAUAUCACCCUUCCAAAGCCAAAACGAUUUGAGUUCUUUGUUAAGGGACGGCAGUGUGAUUGAAGAGGAAGAGAAGCAAGGAAGCUCCUCUGAGUCCUCUGCAUGCAUGGUUGGCACUACUACACAGGGGCCUGAGAACGCCCCUCCUCCAGAAGGUUUCGUCAAGAGUCUUAUCUGGCCCGGGCUUCUGUUGGUGAGCCUGACGUCCAACCUGUUCUUCGCCGGCCUCUACAUGUACAACAACUGGAGAUGAACUGCCGAUGAGUCUGCUGCUGUUCUCUUGUGACCUGCACAGUGGGUCGGGCUCGGCCUGUGACAGCCCUGUGGUGUCUGUGGACCUGGAGGUUACUCAGCAAUGCCAGAAAACAUCACAUUUCUGGCAGCUACUUAUCGCUUGCUGGUGCUUAGUGAAAAUACAGAUGUCAGCUGACAGAUUUUCAACAGCAUACCUCCCAUUUGAUUGGAGUUACAAGGAAAUUGUGGUUUUCUUUGCGAUUUGUGAUUCACUGCUUAUAUUUUUAUUUUCUUUUGAUUUGGCCUUGUUUUGGUCCAUCACUGCUCCUCUUACAUGAAUGCAGGUGCAUGUGUCAUUGAUUUAAAAGGCUCCAUUUUUGCACUGAUGCUGCAAAAUGUGCAAUAAACAUGUACUGUUGAGUUGAUGCUGCUUAGACACAGAGGGUCACGUCUUAACCUACUUAUACUGAUGGUGAUGAGUGCAUCACCUCUCCUAACUGAAUAAUACUUACGUGACUCUACAAUAGCCAAAAAUUAAACAUUAAGCAGCAUGUAACGCUCGUGGCAUAUAGUUGGAGUUUUCGCAUUUUGGAAAUUUGUACAAAUUUUCACUUUGUGAUGUCAUAAUUUCUCAGCACAUGUUUGCUAUUGUCUUUCUACGUAUAUUUAACUGGGAAAGACUGGUGUGUCAAACUCUCCUGUAAUGUUAUUGUGUCAUACAGUUUACAGUCAACAUUUUUAAUAUUAUGGUCAUUUAAAUCUCAUACCAAAGUGACACAAGUCAGUCACUCACUACAGAAAUGGUUCUCUUACACCAAACCGUUUCUUUUCCAUUAUCUCUUACAGAUAUCCUGUUCAUGUGUUACUUUGUAAGUGGAGAAAAUUCCUAUGGUCAAGUGCAAUGAUAAUUGUAUUUAAUUUGCAACCUAUAAAAUGAAAUCACAUUUACAUGAUGGUUGCUUAAGAAUGGCACAGCGAUUUACUCCUACAGUAACUAGGGCUGGGCAAUACAGAAAAAAUCAAGUCAUGAUUUUUUUUUUUUUUUUGACCAGAUACCUCUCUUGAUAUUGUGACAAUAUUUGAGUUUUGACCAUUGGUGCUUUCACGAAAUAUUUACAGAUUUAUGAUAAAUAAUCAUCAGUAAUGUUGACAUGAUGACUGAGUGGAUAAAGACAAAAAAAGAGAGCAGCUAGAAGAGUCUGGUAAGUUCAGAGAAUUACACAAUUUUGUCCAAAUGUCCAUUAUCUAGUCUCAUCACAGUAUUGAUGUAAUAUUUAUAUAUUGCCCGGCCCUACUCCUAACUGAGCUGUGAACUGAUUUUUUCAGAACUUCUCUCAUAACUUAUUAAACAUCUACAUAUUGAAUUUGAAUUAAUUUGCUUGUUUGUUUUUUUCUUCUGAAAUUUAAGAAUUUGUCCGCUUUUUGUGUUUGGUCGUGUUGUGUUUUGACUAUGCGUUUGAAAUCUUUCUAUUAGAAAUGAAGAUCACAGAUGUUUGAUUAUUGUGCGUGCGUGUAUUUUGAACAUGAUUUACAUAAUGCUGUAAAUUUCGGACAUGUGUAAGAUGUGUAUAAACAGGUUAGUUUGCUUCUUAUGUAAAAACUAAUGGGUGUUUAUUUUCACAUGAGUAUUGUGUUGUUGAAUGACCGUGCACUUGAGUUUUAAGAGGAAUCAUUUUGUCCUCUUUGAAGAAUUACUGGCUUAUGUUGUUUUCUCAGACACUUGAUGCUUGUUUCAAUUUGUGCUAAUUCAGUGGUUUGUCUGAUGUUACAUUGAGCCAAAGUUAUCAUUAAUGAAUCUAGUGGAAAAUUAAGUUUCUGAGAAAACUAAAUCUUGCUACUGAAAGGCAUGAAAAUGACCGGGAAUUGUCUAAACUAUGAUUAGACAACCUUAGGAAACACUUUAUUUGGAUAGUCUGCCAAGUUCACACAGUGUUUGUAACAUGUCAACAGCGUAUUAGUUGAGAUUCUGGUAUUAUAUAUUCACUCAGUCUGCUCAGCACAGGUUGAGUGAACAGUUCAACUAAAUUCUUCUGCAAAUAUGUAGUGAAUUGUUGCAUAUACUCUAUAGAUAAACAUUUACAGAAUAAAGUGAAGCAGAUGAAUUUUUAAAUUGAAAUGUUACAAGUGCUCUCUAAACUAUCCAACUAAAGUGUCAACCUUAUUAUAAAUAUAGUUUUUGAAAGUUAUUGUAACCUUUCACCAUACUGUGUACAGACUUGUGCAUUUGUACUUGAUGUGUAACUUGGUGUGUGUUUAUUUCUUCUCUGAAGAAGGCUCUUUCACUGAAAGAUCACGUACAGGUUGAAAUGUAAAUCAACCAUUUUGAAUUUUCCUGAAUGAGACAAACCUAAUUUUUCAGUCAAAUGAAAUUAUUUUUGAAUUUGUAUUUAAAGUGUAAAUGGAAGUAUAUUGUGCUGUUUUUCUCUGGACUUCACAUUAUGUUAAAUCAAAGGUCGUUCAUUUCAAACUAAGACAAGAAGUAUUAAUUUAUGUUCUCUCACUAAAGGUGUGAAGGGUUGUUAUUUCACUGUGUUCGGCAAUGCAAGUGCUCAUCUGCAACAGCUGUGUGGUCUGUGUGAAUGUACGGAACAACAUUGGCUUGUUUCAUGUGGACCCAUACUUUUUUAAUAAAGUUUUUUUUCCUAAUUAUUGUAA